AUGGAGGCUGCAGAUGCCAACGAGGCCGACAAGGCUGAAGUCCAAGAUCAGAGUGAGUUGCAGGUCAGAUCCACCUUGCUUUCUCCCAAUGAGUCAGCCUGGCAGCUCAAGGACCAGGGCGAUCAACACGAUGCCUUUGUCAACGGCCGGAGUAACUGGCGACCUGUUCCUUUCUCGAGAGCGGGAAUGGAUUCCGGUGUUGUUGCCACCCUGCCAGCUCCACUGGUUGCGGCUCGAAGCGGCGGAGGCGGCCGCACAACCACCCCGCCAGCCCGCAUACAGGAGCUCGAUUUAUUUUCUGACGCAGACCGAGAGAACAUCGAGAGCAGAGACAACAACAACACCACAUUUCAGUUCAACUUUGGAGGAGAGGACCAGAACGCGGAGGAGACCGAUACUACCAGUCCCUGUGACACAUUCAUCUUCACAAGCACAUCUGCAGACAGCACAGUUGGUCCCUCGAACAAGCCAGUUCAUCCACCUUGA